UCGCCCACAGUCUUUCGCUUUUAUUUAUACGAAAAAGAAGUGUAAAAAGUGCCGUCGUACUGAGUUUUUUUUUAUUGAUUUCAUUCCUAUUCCGGAUCCGAUUCCGUGUUAAUUGAAAGCGUUAAUCAGUCGAGAAGCUCACAUUUGGCCAGUCGUCCGCGGGUUGUGCUCUUAUCAACACUUUUCGCGCGUGUUUUUCCUGCGAGAACUAGGCAGCGUCCGCCCACCGAAGCGUUGCAGGAGCGACAUGGACAAUACCUCCACCUCGGACAUUGUCAUCAUCAAUGGCAACUCACAUCCGGAUCUGGCCAACAUGGUGGCCGAGCGCAUGGGCAUCAAGAAUGGCGGCUGCUCCGUGUUUCACAAGUCCAACAGGGAGACCAUUGUAGAGAUCAGUGAUUCAGUUAGAGGCAAGGACAUCUAUAUCAUACAAACGGGCACUAAGGAUGCCAACAACAACAUCAUGGAGCUGCUGAUCAUGGCCUAUGCCUGCAAGACUUCCUCGGCCCGCUCUAUUGUGGGAGUGAUCCCAUACUUGCCGUAUUCCAAGCAGUGCAAGAUGCGCAAGCGCGGGUGCAUUGUGUCCAAGCUGCUGGCCAAGAUGAUGUGCACCUCGGGCCUAACACACAUCAUCACUAUGGAUCUGCACCAGAAGGAGAUCCAGGGCUUCUUCGAUAUACCCGUGGACAAUCUGAGGGCAUCGCCCUUUCUACUCCAAUAUAUUCAGGAGAGCAUUCCUGACUACCGCAACUCCGUGAUUGUGGCCCGCAAUCCGGGCGUGGCCAAGAAGGCCAACUCCUAUGCCGAGCGACUGCGUCUUGGCCUGGCCGUCAUCCAUGGCGAACAGAAGGAGACUGAUGCCGAUGAGGUCGACGGUCGGUACUCCCCUCCCCCGACCAGUGCGUAUAGCAAUUUAUUAGGAAAUUCAGUUGAAAUGUGCUUACCAGCGACGCCUAGAAACUCUACUCCACAACACGCCCCAUCCAGCAGCAACCGCCAGAGAACCACCUCGGUGUCGGUGGGUGUUCCGGAGCACAUUGUCAAGGUCAAGCCCCCACUGACCAUUGUGGGAGAUGUCAGCGGACGCAUCGCCAUUAUGGUGGAUGACCUGAUUGACGAUGUCCAGGCCUUUGUGGCCGCCGCUGAGAUGCUGAAGGAGAACGGAGCCUGCAAGAUCUACGUGCUGGCCACGCACGGUCUGCUUAGCUCAGAUGCACCGCGUCAGCUGGAAGAGUCGCCCAUCGAUGAGAUCGUUGUCACCAAUACCAUUCCACACGAGAUCCAGAAGCUGCAGUGCCACAAGAUCAAGACGAUCGACAUAUCCAUUCUGAUUGCUGAGGCCAUUCGCCGCAUCCAUAACAAGGAAUCCAUGUCCUAUCUGUUCCGCAACGUAACGCUGGAGGAUUAGGGAACCCACCCACUCAUACUACCACUCACAAGUCACAAAAAUAGUGUUGCCUCCGGCUGAUCCUGGGCCGGUUAUUGUUUGUUUUUCGCUUUUAGACAUCAUUGGAAAGUGCGCUCAGCGUGCGUUUGCUCAAAUAAAAAUGAAUGAUCCGAGAUACUGUAGCACACCUUUAGGCCCCACAUAUACUCCACACUGUAUACACUGUACUACACGUUGUACGUUCAUCGAAGGCUAACCACUUUCUGCUAGUUCUUAAGUCAAAGGUCCCAAAACUUUGUCCAAAUAAAAGCUGAUUGUACUCAA